GUGACAUCACCAUUAAUAGAAGACUCAAACAGCAGGAGAGUAGUGUAUAAUAUCUGAUUUUAUUUAUUUAUUUAUUUAUUUUGGCAAAGAAACGUCUAUCGUAGCACUUCUCUGUGUAUCACCAAAACUAAAGGAGAGAAUGAAUUUGAAAAGAAAAAUGCUGUUAAUGAUUUUGUGUGCUUUAUCACUGUCAUUGAUUGAGCGUCAUUUCAGAAUAAAGAAUCACCUACAGAAGAUGUAUGACUGCUGGAAUGAUCAAGUAGAAGAACUUCAGCUCUCAACAUGGUUUAAUUUUAAAAAACGACCUGAUGUUAUAGCAAGAACUGACUGGCUUGCUCCAAUCAUAUGGGAAGGAACUUACAAUAGACAUGCCCUGGAAAAAUAUUACAAGAAGCUGAAUAUUACCAUAGGCUUGGCUGUAUUUGCUACUGGAAAAUUUAUAGAUCAGUACCUGAAACAGUUCAUACAAUCUGCUAAUAAGCACUUUAUGAUUGGCUACAAUGUUAUCUUUUACAUCAUGGUGGAUGACUUCAGAAAGCUACCUUACAUAGAGUUAGGUCCCCUUCGAACAUGUAAAAUGUUUGCUGUAUUCAAAGAUCGUACAUCUUUGGAUCAAGACUUUCAUCUCAUAUACAUGAUGAACUUAAAUGUGAACAUCAUAGCCUACAUCCAGCAUGAAGUCGACUUUCUCUUUACUAUGGCUGUAAACCAGAUCUUCAAAAGUGACUUUGGAGUAGAAACCCUGGGCAGCUCUGUAGCUCAACUCCAUGCAUGGUGGUAUUUUAAAAAUUCUAAAGAUUUCCCUUAUGAGAGAAGAUCUACAUCAGCAGCUUUCAUCCCCCUUGGACAAGGAGAUUUCUAUUACCAUGGUGCAAUUCUUGGUGGCAUGCCCCACGAGGUUUUAAACUGCAUUAGAGAAUGUCAGAAUGGAAUGAUUAAGGACAACACAAAUGACCUUAAAAGUCUAUAUGAAAGCCACCUAAACAAAUAUUUUUUUGUCAAUAAACCCACUAAGCUGUUAUCACCAGAAUACAAUUGGGAUCCAAAGUUUAGAACCCCUUCACAAAUUAAACAUAUUAAGAUAGAAUGGAAGUCAGAAAGAAUUUGAUAGUUAUACCAUUAGGUUUAGGAUUAACUAGUGAAUCACAAUAAUUCCUCAAAUAUAAAAUUUAUAAAAUUUUCAGCAUUUUUAGAAACUUACAAAAUUGUAAAAUCUUCCAAAUUAUUUUUCUCUUUGUAAUUUUGAACCAUCUAAUUCUACCUAUGCUGAAUAAACAAUAAAUGGAUAUAAUUUAAUGUUA